AAAAAAAAAAAGUCCGGUGCUGAGUGAAUUUCUUGCGAGGAAAGAAUUAGCUGGGGAAGGCUUUUGUCAUUCGUAGCUCGAGCUCGAAAAGUACAUUUGAAUACUGACACACAGAGAAGUGGAAGAAGCAAGAAGAAUCGAAACGAGGAUCAGGCGACAGUAUGAGCAGCAUAGGAACAGGGUAUGAUCUUUCAGUGACUACAUUCUCCCCCGAUGGCCGCGUCUUCCAGAUCGAGUACGCCGCCAAAGCCGUCGACAACAGCGGGACUGUGAUUGGCAUCAAAUGCAAAGAUGGGAUUGUAAUGGGUGUGGAGAAACUAAUAGCUUCGAAGAUGAUGCUACCUGGUUCCAAUCGAAGAAUUCAUUCUGUUCAUCGCCACUCGGGCAUGGCUGUGGCAGGACUGGCAGCAGAUGGGAGGCAAAUUGUUGCCCGUGCCAAAUCUGAAGCUACUAAUUACGAAAGUGUAUAUGGUGAACCAAUUCCUGUCAAGGAGCUUGCUGAUCGUGUAGCUAGUUAUGUUCAUCUGUGUACACUCUAUUGGUGGCUAAGACCUUUUGGAUGUGGAGUUAUUCUUGGUGGCUAUGACAGAGAUGGACCACAACUUUACAUGGUUGAACCCUCCGGUAUUUCUUAUAGGUACUUUGGUGCUGCAAUUGGAAAGGGCAGGCAGGCAGCUAAAACAGAGAUCGAAAAGUUGAGGCUUUCAGACUUGACUUGCCGUCAAGGGGUUAUUGAAGUUGCCAAAAUCAUUUAUGGAGUACAUGAUGAGGCGAAGGACAAGGACUUCGAAUUGGAAAUGAGCUGGGUCUGUGAUGAGUCAAACCGUCAGCAUCAGAAGGUUCCAGAGGAGCUUCUCCAUGAAGCUAAGGCAGCGGCUAAAGCAGCUCUGGAAGAAAUGGAUGCUGAUUAGAGGAGAAUGGACAUCGAGAAAGAGGAAAGCACAAAGAAAAAUUGAAAGAAGACAUGAGAAGAGAAAGCACAUCAAACGAAAUCUGUUUACUGCCCCCACACCACCAAAAACAAAAAAUUGAAUCACCCUCUUGCUCCAAUCUGAAUGGCUUAACUGCAUACCGGCAAGAACUAACAACUAUUGUAGUAAACUGCACUCUUUGCAUGAUAGAAAUGACUCAAUGAGGUUGAUCUUUGAAA